AUGGUUUCGGCAUCCAAAGUCUGCAUCGGUGUGGGCCUCGUUCACCAGUGUGUGAGCCAAGCUGAUCGAUCACCCCUGCUCCCGUCCCCCUACAGGGUCGAACCAAUUCCAAGUCGGGUAGCCCAAUCAAAAAAACUGGCACUCCCGGCCAAGGCAAAUCCUCGAAUCAACACCCAAGUCAUUUCCCAACGAUUGUGCAAUACCUCACUGCACCGCUCCCCUCGAGACACCUCCCCGCCGCCCAUCGUCGCCUCUAUUGCUCCCCUCAAGUACCCGUCCCAAACGCCCCACCUCAACUGAGCAUCAAGCCCUCAUCGAUGCUACCCACCCCGCAAAAGGUCAAUUCGGCCUUUUCGCAAAUGCCAAGAUCCCACCUCGAACAUGGAUCCGCGAUUACCUAGGCGUCGUCCAUCCCGAACAGGACGUCGAUUCGACUUCGGACUAUGAUCUCUGUCUCGCCCGAAUUCCUAUUUUUGAAGACCCCUCAUCCGAGACGAUUGCUUUCUCGCCUGUACGCUACGAAACGAUCGGGAUAGAUGCGACCAAAGCCGGUAACGAAGCGCGUUUCAUCAACGACUAUCGAGGUGUAUUGAAACGGCCGAACGCCGUGUUCGAAUCGAGGGAGUGGAAAUCCGCCGAUGGGACGACGGUGCAAGGCGUGAGGAUGAGCGUGUGGAGUGGUCCCAAGGGCGUCGAAAAGGGGUCCGAGAUCUGCGUCUCUUAUGGGAAGGGGUUCUGGGACGGCAGAAAGUCGGAACCGACCUGA